AUUUUAAUAUAUUUUCUUUUAGGGAUAGCAAUACCUUUGAUGUUGAGGAUCUAAGUUGUUCUUAAAAAUACAGUCACCCAUAUGACAUUAUAUUUGAUUAAAAAAAACACCUGUGAAAUGAGAUAAUCUUUUCCCCGCGGUUUCCAUGUAUUCAAAGCAUUGCCAAAUAUUGACUCUAACAGUUUCUAAUUCACAUUAAUUUAUCUUAAAACGAUUUAACUAAAACACACUUUAACAAAAAUCCAAAUUAUUUACCAAAGAGAAGAUUAUGCAUAUAUGAUUAGAGUUUAGAUAGAUAAAACUUGAAUUAAAUAUCUAAAUCUUCUAAAUUACGCUUUAAUUUUCCAAACUACAAUUUUGGAUAAACCUUGAAUGUUUUAUUUAGGUGGACAUAAUUUUGCCUUCGAGAUAAAAUACAAUUUUUGACUUUUUUUUUCGUUAUACGGUAUUAAAACUGAUUUCGCAUUUUUUAUUUAGUUUUAAUUAUUUACGUUUUGUGCUGAUGUUACAUAAAAUUAAAACAUUUCCUGUAGAUUCCCACAUACAUUUUACAAUUUCUUAGUUACCUCCCCUUUAUCAUGUUUAUACCCGAAGUUAAAAAGUAUUAGAAUGAGCAAAAAUAUUUUAUCUUUCUAACAUAUUAGUAAUUAUAAGAUAAAAACACACACUUUUGGUCAUGUAAGUGAAAAUUAUUAUUUAAUUUAGUAAAUUCCUGCAUCGUUUGAUGACUUGGUUGAAAAUCUAGACCUAAUAUACUAUUUUACAAUCCAAGAUGGUAAAAGACUCCCAUACCACCUUAAAAUGUAGUUUAUAUCAUGAUGUUGCAAAAAAUAAAUUUAAAAUGUUAUUGCAAGACAUUGGUUUGAAAUUCUACAGUAGAAAAUAAGCAUCGACAUUUGUAGCUCCUAUAUUUUAUAGCUGUGUGAAAAAAAAAAAAUCAUAUUUUCAUUAAAAAAACAACUCUGUAAUUCAGGAGGUAUUCCCUUUAUAUUUGUGUAUGACAUGUAAUUAAAGUUAGUGGUUGAUAUUGUUACAUGCUUUGUUGUUCAAACUGGAAAAAAGAGAUCUGUACAGGAAAACAGAUAACUCUUUCAUAGUCAACCCAUAUAUUCUCGGUUUUGAAAUGAAAAGAAAAAAAUAUGGAUGUUCCGCACAAAAUCUAUGAAGACGGAUGAAACAAGUCAAUGUCUUGCUACAAUUCAGUAAUAUCGAUCCUAAACGUCAAGGUAUACAUAUUUUACUAUUUUACAGUCAAAACCUGCACUUAAAUUAUCAAAAUGCAAGUCGAAUUAAAAAUUUUACAAAAGUGCCUGUUUAGAAUGUUUAUAUCUGAAGGUUUUCCAAAACAAAUGAAUAGCGACUACAUUUUCGUCUUUAAAAAAAUAAGGCACAAAUUAUAGCUUUUGAUAAAAGUAUUACAUAAUUUUCUUAAAGAUCAGUGAAUCUUUUGCUUGGCAGGUAUUACUUGUAGUUUUUUAAAACUUCUAUUGUAAAUAUGUCUUAUAAAAAAAAAAUAGAAAAAGUAGAGCAGUUCGUCUAAUUUUUGAUUUUCUAUUGAUUAAACAGUAAAAAAUUCAGCUCCUUCCCAAGCAUGACAAACAUGCGUGUAAUCUCAGUUACGGAUAUGAUUUUUUACAGUUACCAAAAUCAUCUUUAUUUUAGAACCAUUUACUUCAUCACUAAUUUAAUACCUCUACGCAACAAACUUUAUCAAGUUUUGUUUCCGAUUAAGAUAUACGAUGGACGCCGCUAGACACAAAAAAAAUCCAAAAUGCUGGUUUCUUAUUUUUACAAAUUUAAAGAAAAUUAUGUUUGCCAUAUUUUUCGUCUACUUUCUCAGCAGUUACGGGCGUCAGUUAAAAAAAUACAACAGUGUCUCUGAUAAUUAAAAAUCAUUUUAAAACGUAGAUAUUGUUUUCAUAUUUGUUAUAUCUUACUUAUGCCACCAGUUUCUGAAGAGCACGAUAAACCUAAGUAUCCAGAUUACAUAAACAGAUCAGCACGGCUCGAUUCAUUUAGAAAUUGGCCGAUACAUCUGACACAGUCUCCGGAAGAAAUGGCCUCAGCGGGGUUCUUCUUCACAGAUGCAGCAGAUAUUUGUCGGUGCUAUUUCUGUGGAGGUGGAUUAAAAAACUGGGAACCAGAUGACCAGCCCUGGAUAGAACAUGCCCACUGGUAUCCAGACUGUCCUUUUGUGCGACAGUGCAAAGGAGAUGACUUUAAAAAUAUUCAAAUGAACAGAAAUUUACUCAUUGCAAUCACUGAUGAAAACGAUCGACAUCUAGAUUUGACAAGUGACACCAUACAUUCUGUAACAAAGAAUACUGAUUUCAACAGUCACUCAGCUAUCAAGUUGGUCUUAGAAAUAGGAUUUGAAAAAUGUUUGGUAAAGAAAGCUUACGAUUUACUGCAAAUAGCAGGGCAGACAGAGAUUAAUGCAACAGAACUUAUUGAAGCCAUAUUCCAAAUAGAGAGAAAUGAAACAGAAAAUGGGUAUGCCACUUCAGGGGCCACACUCAGUUCAGAGGAAAAUUUUUCACGACACUUCCAAGAAACAUCAGCCAGAAGUUUGAAAGAAGAAAAUCAGAAUCUGAGAGAUCUUCAAACAUGCAAGAUAUGUCUAGAGGAACAAAUAUCUAUUGCAUUUCUACCUUGUGGUCAUCUUGCUUGCUGUGAAAACUGUGCGCCUGCGCUUAGAAAAUGUCCAAUAUGUAGAGCAUCUAUUAAGGGGACUGUAAAAACUUAUUUGAGUUAGGAAAGGGACGUCUUAAACAAUUUGGGACUCUUUACAAAUGUGUCAAAUAAAUGAAAAAUGUAAAUACCGCCAAAAUAUUGAAUACAAACAGAAGAGAUGUCCUAUACGGGUCAACCCAAACGCAACAAAGUGAAUGAGAGUGCAUGUAUUGAGGAGAGAAUGUUACAAAUAACUUUAAUGAAUCGAACUUUGACAAAUCUAGUAUCAAAAGUAGUUGAAAUGAAUACGAGAGUUGUUGACGUCGAAUAUACAAUUAAAAACUUCAAAAGCAGAUGUGAUGCGAGUGAUGAACAAAUGUCUCAUUUAAGAAAGGAGAAUACCGAUCUAAAAAGAGAAGCUAAAACAAAUUAAGACUCAUGCUAAUAACAAUCUAAAAGGAAUUAGCGACGCCAUGGACGAUUUUGAGCUAAAUCACGAGAACAAUAUUAAAGACGUAAAGAUAGUUGAAUUGUCCACCCGAUAAGACUUAGCAACACGUGAUCUUACAGAUUACACUUCGGAGCUUAGACGACAAGAAAUAAAGACAGUCUUUAAUGACGCAAAGUUAUAAAAUGACAUACUACCCAGUCCCAUUAUCAAACUGCAGUUUGGAAUUUAAUGGUUUGUUUGAAACCGAAGGAUAAAACACUGACGAAGUGAUUUGAAUGGUUUUACACUAGUCAUUUUUGGGGCCCUUUAUAGCUUGCUGUUCGGUGUAAGCCAAGGCUCCGUGUUGAAUGCCGUACUUUGACCCAUAAUGGUUUACUUUUACAAAUUGUGACUUGGAUGGAGAGUUGUCUCAUUGGCACUCGUACCACAUCUUCUUACAUAUAUAUGUUAAAUGUUGAAGAUAAUUUAAUAAAACCAAUAGGACAGCAAACACAAGCAAGCGCUUCUGUAAUUAGUCACCCAAUCUCGUGUAUUCCACCAUUGCCAUCUUUCACAUCAGGUGUCAUGAACAAUGCCGUAUAACCAGUUCAUACCAGCAUAUUUCCAACAGACAGUAGACAGUUACCUAAACCCGAGAAUUGUAACGCAAAUGCACAGAGGGGUUGUACAUGUGUACUGUUCCUGUGACUUUUAGCUCUGUUAACUAACGCUAAUUAAGAAUUCAUUGUAUUUGGCAUGUCAUGUAAACGAAAAAUUGGGAAAUUCCAUUUUGAAUAAUGAAUAUGUAGAUUUUACUUCUUAACUGCCACAAACUCAAUCAAAUAAAGAAAUACAUGACAUUACCGCUAGUAUCAAAUUAAUGACAACCUCUAAUUCAAAACCAAACACAAUUUCAAACAUGUACCAGUGAAAUGAUUUAUUUGAUAUAUUGUUAUGCAUUCAUCUGACUUAGUACACAAAUUUGAUGUUAGAUCUAAUCAAAUAUGGCAAUGAUAUGAGAAUACUUGGUUAUGAGAGUGGAUUUCAGGAGUAUAGUUUUAUUAAGAAGAAUAAAGAAUGCUAGGAGUAGUUCAUAGGUCAGAUUGGGCCAUAUUACACGAUGAGUUAUACCGAUUGGGUACGGCCAUAAAACAUUCAAGCAACAAGCCUCAACAUUAUCAGUUGAUUCGAAAAAUAGCAGGUCGAACAGAAACCAAGCAAAUACACAAAAGGAUUGUGUUGAAAAUACUGCGAAAGUGGUGUGUGUGCUUCCAAAAUGUGCAAACCUUAAACACCAAUGUGCUCACUUAGGACAGAAACAUGCUACAGAGAUCGUAAUAAACGAUCAUCAGGUACAGUAUUUAAUAAAAACUAAUUUUCCAACUCCAGAUAAAAUGAAUUUUUUUGGUACAUACUUACAGUUUUAUAUUCCGGAACUAGAAGAAUUUUUAAUAUAAGGAUUUUCAGUAGGCUUAAGGUUAGGUGCUACUACUGGUGUCAAAAUAUCGUUUCUGACAUGUAAGAAUCAUCAGAGUGCUUUGAAUCAAUCUGAAAUUGUCAGGGAAAAAAUAGAAAAGGAAAUUAAGAAAGUGUGGUUUAUUCGCCCCCCUUUCCUCAUUUAAAUUUUUUCCCCGUUCCGUCUUGUACUGAAGAUAGAAUUGGGUCAAUAUCAUAUCAUACAUGAUGAUUUGUUGUUUCCUAAAGGCAACUCUGUCAAUUUGUCCAUUCCUUCUGAAUAUACUUCAGUAUCUUAUGUCAACAUAGAAAAUGUCAUAAAGUCAGUUCAAAAGGUCAUAAAGCCCUGAUGUCACGAACGAACGUCGAAAUGCAUUGCGUUUAUUGUCCAUCUAUCCAAAAGAUGAUCAUUUAAUAGGCUUUACAUGGAAUGAACAAUACUAUUGUGAUACUUGUCUCCUAAAUGUGUCGGUCUUCAUCGUGUCAGAUGAUUUUGUUUUAUCAUUAAAGCAAAUAGUACUGCUUGUGAAUAGGCCUUGAACUCGUUUUUGAAGAUAUGUAAGAAUUGAAGUGACCAUGAAAAAAACGGUUACCUACUACAGUUUUAACCAUUGAUGAGAUCGAAAUUGAUUCUAAUGAAAUGAUAGCAAUGUUCCCAUCAGAAAAAAUCGAAAAUAGUACGUUGAAAGGUACGUCUUUGACCAUGACAUAUUAUAAACAAAGUGAUCUGCAUCCUAAAACCAUUUAUAUCCCGAUUUGUGCAGAAAAUAUGGCGUGUGCAAUUACAGCUGUCCUUACAUAAUUGUUACAGUUUGGUCAUACAAAUGGAUCUUUGUUCCUAUUUAAGUCUGGAGCACUAGUAACACGCUUUUAUUUUACAAACUCUUUAAAAUCGGCUUUGUCGUUCAUUGCUUUAGACACUAGGUACUAUAAAGCAAACAGUUUCAGGAAAGGGGCUGUGACUUCUGCUGCAGCUAGAGAAAUUCCCCUCUCCGUGAUUCAAGGUAGGGGCAGAUAGAAGUCGAAUGCGUUUAUGAAAUAUAUCUGGAUGUAAAAUUUUAAAGGGGCAUUAGCUACGAGAUAUAGAAAAAAAAUUCUGAUUUGUUUUUGUUCAAUCAUUAAUUAAAGUGAAAUAGUGAUAUAAUAAUUCGGUUUUAGCAGGCAGUUUAGUUCAGUUUUGUCAAAAUAAGCAAAGAAAUAUCACUAAUGAAUUAUUCACUGGCCAGUGAAUAAUUUGACCUCAUUUAAUCCGUACUCAUGUGAACUUCAAUUGAACGCCUUAGCUAGAGAUGGGUUACGCAUGAACUAGGCGUGUUCAGCUAUUAGAAAGAAAAGAAUGUCAACAUUGGAAGUGAAACAAGGGUAAACCAUUUGGUUGACUGAUUCGAUCUACAAAAACUCAUUCUUAUACAUGUAAAAACGAUUAUUAACAUAUUUUCAAAACCAAUAACAUGAAAUCAAACACAGACCUAUAAAAUUCCAAUUGCACGAGUUCGCUAUCUAUGUAUAUCUAUGUUUAUGUUUAUAUCGGGUUGAAUGAUCGUCGGCAGUCUUCGGAGGUCACCUCGAUGGUUAAUCAGAUGGCGUCUAAACUAAAAUUAUUUUGUAUUACCCUUAGAAGUUAUUGUAUAUAUGUAUAUAUGUUUUUAGUGAAGCAGAUUUUUCUCCACCUUUUCUAUUCUUUGUCAUUUUUUCAAUUGAUAUGAUUUUAGUUGAUGUAAUUUCGUAUUGAUUAUGAAUUAUAAUUGCAUAUUAAUCAUGAACUUUUAUGUUAAAUGUUUAUUUGCAAAUUGUAUUUUAUUUGCAUUUUAUGAUUUUGAAUAAAUUACCUUAAUUCGUCAA